UGAGCAACUUUAUUCUUGAAGAUAAUACGGCUGUACGACACAAUAAAGUACUGGAUUUACGAGCUUGGCUGCAGAGCGGCCCGUUUAUACUGGGGCCAGUAGUCAGACAACUGUUGCGCCAAUCGGAGCCAUCAUGACACAGAUCCCCGAGAGCAGCUACAAGAUGUGGGGUGGACGGUUCAGCGAGGGACCGCAUGAGGCCCUCCAGUCGCUUAACAACAGCCUGCCCUACGAUUCCCGCCUCUAUGCGGACGAUCUGGAUGCCAGCAAGGCGUACGCAGAGGCGCUCCAACGAGCUGGUCUCAUCACCGCGGCCGAGGCGGAUAAGCUGGUCAAGAAUCUGGAGCUGUUGCGAUUCGAUUGGAUCGAGGGAACUGUGAAGAUCCUGCCCGGGGACGAGGAUGUGCACACGGUCAACGAGCGAUUGCUGGUGGAGAUUACCGGCGAACUGGGCCAGCGCCUUCACACGGGCAGAAGCAGAAAUGACCAGGUGGUCACGGACAUGAAGCUCUGGCUACGCAAGGCCAUUCGUGAGACCUUGGGCCGCCUGAGUCGCAUCAUCGAAACGGCCACCCGGCAGGCAGAACUCCACCUGGGCGUGCUCAUGCCAGGAUACACGCAUCUGCAGCGAGCCCAGACCGUUCAGUUCUCCCACUGGCUGCUUUCGCACGCCUUUGCCCUGCGGGAGGAUGGCCAGCGGCUGGUGGAGCUCAGGGAUCGGGCCAAUGUCCUGCCCCUUGGAAGCGGCGCUCUGGCGGGCAAUCCCCUCGCCAUCGAUCGUUUGUGGCUGGCCGAGAGACUGGGAUUCGCGGGCGUCACGGCCAACAGCAUGCACGCCGUGGGAGAUCGAGAUUUUGUGGUUGACUUCAUCUACUGCUGCUCCUUGGUGAGCCUCCAUCUGUCGCGAUUGGCGGAGGACUUGAUCAUCUACAGCACCAAGGAGUUCGACUUCAUCAAACUGGCCGAUGGCUUUUCCAGUGGCAGCAGCCUGAUGCCCCAGAAAAGAAACCCGGACAGCCUGGAACUGAUUCGCGGCAUAGCCGGAGUGAUCACCGCCAAUCUGACGGGCAUAAUGAUGACCAUUAAGGGCACUCCGUCCACCUACAACAAGGACUUGCAGUACGACAAGCAGUUCUGCUUCCAGUCCUUCGACAAGCUGACCCAAGUGCUCGAGGUCACCGAUGGUGUCCUGCAGACGCUUCAGCUGAAGCCGGAAUCGAUGGAGGCGGCACUUAGCACCGACAUGUUGGCCACCGACUGGGCCUACUAUCUGGUGAAGAAGGGCGUUCCGUUCCGCCAGGCGCACCACAUCAUCGGUCGCGUGGUUUCGGAGGCCGAGCAGCGAGGUGUGGACAUCACCGAUCUGCCGCUGGGAGAGCUUCAGGCAUUCAGUCCUCUAUUUGGAUCGGAUAUCGUUGCGGUGGCCGAUUUCUCCAACAAUGUGCAACAAUAUAGUGCGAUUGGUGGAACCGCCAGCAGCAGCAUCGUGGAACAACUGCGAUUGCUCAAGAAGUACGCAAGGGAUUUGGCCAAACAGUCUUAGGAUGAAAACCUUACAUUUGUGUAUAUUACUGUUCCGCUGGCUAAUCACAUUUUAAUCAAAUUAAAACCGAUAUUAUAUAUUGUCAAAAAA